CUUCUCUGUGACAGCAGCGUCAGGGCGGAGAGAUGGGGGAGGAGGUGGAGGAAGAGGAGGGGAAAGAGGUGAGGAGGGUGCGGACCGGACUGCACCAGCGGAGCGCUGGGAGGAGGUUCUGGACGGAGUGAAGUGAAGUGAAGGCGCCGUAGGGGACCAGGAGCCGGUCAUCAUGGAGCUGGAGAACAUCGUGGCCAACACGGUGCUGCUGAAAGCACGGGAAGGAGGCGGCGGGAAUCGAAAAGGAAAGAGCAAGAAAUGGAAGCAGAUGCUGCAAUUCCCGCACAUAAGUCUGUGUGAGGAGCUGCGACAAAGCACAGAGAAAGACUACAGCAGCCUGUGUGAGCGGCAGCCCAUCGGACGGCUGCUGUUCCGACAGUUCUGUGAGACCCGGCCCGAGCUGAGGUGCUGUGUCAAGUUCCUGGAUGCUGUGGCCGAGUACGAGGUGACGCCUGAUGAGAAGAGGAAGGAGGGCGGACAGGAGCUCAUCAACAAGUUCUUCAACCCAAAGUCUGAAGACCACGUGCCUGAGGUGGAGGAGGCCAUGAUGGCCCAGUGCACAGAGAAGCUGCAGCAGGAGGCCUGUAAGGAGCUGUUCAAGGACUGCACCAAAUUGAUCCACGACUACCUGAGCAUGGCGCCCUUCGCCGACUACCUCGACAGCAUGUACUACAACAGGUUCCUCCAGUGGAAAUGGCUGGAGAGGCAACCGGUGACAAAGAAUACCUUCAGGCAGUACAGAGUUCUGGGCAAAGGAGGCUUUGGAGAGGUGUGUGCUUGUCAGGUACGAGCCACGGGGAAGAUGUACGCCUGCAAGAAGCUGGAGAAGAAGCGCAUAAAGAAGAGGAAGGGCGAGUCCAUGGCCCUGAACGAGAAGCAGAUUCUGGAGAAGGUCAACAGCAGAUUUGUGGUCAGCUUAGCGUACGCCUACGAGACGAAGGACGCCUUGUGCCUGGUGCUGACGCUCAUGAAUGGAGGAGACCUGAAGUUUCACAUCUACCACAUGGGCGAAGCCGGCUUCGACGAGCGGAGAGCCGUGUUCUACACCGCAGAGAUCUGCUGCGGCCUGGAGGACCUGCACCGAGAACGGAUCGUCUACCGGGACCUGAAGCCAGAGAACAUCCUGCUGGACGACCACGGCCACAUCAGGAUAUCGGACCUGGGUCUAGCAGUUCACGUGCCAGAGGGACAGACCAUCAAGGGACGUGUGGGGACAGUGGGAUACAUGGCUCCGGAGGUGGUGAAAAACGAGCGCUACACCUUCAGCCCCGACUGGUGGGCGCUGGGCUGCCUGCUGUAUGAGAUGAUCGAAGGCCAGUCGCCCUUCCAGCAGAGGAAGAAGAAGAUCAAGCGGGAGGAGGUGGAGCGGCUGGUGAGGGAGGUGGAGGAGGACUACUCCAGCACGUUCUCCGAGGACGCCAAGUCCCUCUGCAAAAUGCUUCUGGCCAAGGAGCCCACAGAGCGGCUGGGCUGCCAGGGCGGAGGAGCCUCCGAGGUCAAAGCGCAUCCCAUCUUCCGCUCAAUAAACUUCAAACGCCUGGAGGCAGGAAUGCUGCAGACGCCCUUCAUCCCCGACCCUCAGGCCAUCUACUGUAAAGAUGUGCUGGACAUCGAGCAGUUCUCCACAGUUAAGGGUGUGGAGCUGGAGCCCAAAGACGAGUACUUCUACAGCAAGGUGUCCACGGGCAGCGUUCCCAUCCCCUGGCAGCAUGAGAUGAUCGAGACGGACUGUUUUGCAGAACUCAACGUGUUCUACCAGGACGGUGCCGUUCCUCCGGACCUGGACUGGAGGGGGCAGCCGUCCCCUCCGCCCAAGCAGGGCCUCCUGCAGCGGCUCUUUGGCAGACAGGACUGUUGUGGUAACUGCAGUGACAGUGACGAUGAGCCCACCAGGCUGUGACACACACACACACACACGCUCAUGUGUUUACAACUUUUGCACAUUUAUAUUUGUAAUCUCUGAAUGUCAGAAUGUAUAUUUUUAGCCUCGUCCUGAUGUUUAAUGUUAUUUAAAACAGUCUCGUUCCGUCACAACGACGAACAUGAGAUGAGGUUUGUUGGUUGUUGCACUUCUGGUCCGAGGAUGACUUCGAGUUCAGACAUUCCACUGUUACCGAUGCGGACACUGAGCAGCUGCUCUGGAACAAGCACCUGCUGUAAAAGUGCCUUGCUUGUGGGCACAAGGGCAGCGGUUACUGACGGAAGACUGAGCGUUCCCUGAUUUGCAGGGAAUCAAACCAGAGAACUGUGACCACUUCGCUUCUCCUGCUUCCAUUUCCCUCCUGCCUUUGUUUUCUCAGACUUAAUGGAUUCAUGAUUUGGAGCCGUUCUGUCGACGUCUGCUGAUGUUUUUAUAACAAUAAUACGAAUUUUUUAUGAACUCCUUGGAACAGUUGAUUUGUUACUUGAUCGCAGCUUCAGUUCCUGCUGUCGUCUCUUGCUGUGACUGUAAAUGUGACUGUUGUUGGUGUUUGUGCCUCUGGUUUCUUUGACUGAAUUGAGCCACUGUAACCAGGUAACAAAGGGCACAUUAACGUAGUGACGGGUCGGAGACAGAAGUUCACGAACCCUCAACAACCUGAACGGAACCUUGGCUCAUUAAGAUGAACUGCAGGCUGUCGGAGCCCAGCGAAGCGGCCACAGGAGGAACUGAAGCCUCCCUUAAAACCUGCAUCCGAGCCUGAAGCUGGUCCGAAGCGCCUCAGCUGCUGCUGCUGAAGUCUGUGGCUUCACUUUGUAGAGCCUCUGUUUUUAGCUGUUGAACUGAAAUACCUCUGACUGUAGCUAGGUUCUCUGUUUGGACUGAAGACGGCGACAGAAGCUCUCACUUUAGAUUCACUCUGACUUUGGCUGUAGCGAGCGUCAAACGCUGGUCUUUACACUGUUUCUACGCUGUAGCAGGAAUAAAGUCUACACAGACCACUCUU